AUGUCGCAGACCUUCUCGACCGCAACUCCCAAAGCCUCGGCCGCGCCGCCGCAGUCCUCGCCCCCAGUCUACGACCAGGAGAUCCUCGACAUCGCCAACUACGUACACAACUACGAUAUCACCUCCGAGCUGGCUCUCGAUACCUCCCGCUAUAUCCUCCUCGACACCAUCGGCUGUGGGUUGGAAGCUCUACGGUUUCCACAAUGUACUGCACUGCUCGGGCCGAUCGUCGAAGGCACCACCGUGCCCAACGGGACCACAGUUCCCGGUACACCCUACCAGCUCGAUCCCGUCAACGGCGCUUUCAAUAUUGGAGCGAUGAUAAGAUGGCUGGAUUACAAUGACUGCUGGCUGGCUGCUGAGUGGGGCCAUCCCUCAGACAAUCUUGGUGCUAUUUUGGCCGUGGCAGAUUGGAUUGCAAGAACAAACCGAGCAGGAGGCAAGCUCGGCAAUGGCAAGAUCCCCACAAUCCGCGAUGUCCUCGACGCCAUGAUCAAGGCCCACGAAAUUCAGGGCUGCUUGGCUUUGGAGAACUCCUACAACAAGGUCGGCCUCGAUCACGUCGUGCUCGUCAAGGUUGCCUCGACUGCGGUCGUCAGCAAGCUGCUCGGCCUCACCGAAGCCCAGACGCGCGACGCAGUCACACAAGCGUGGUCGAUGGUCAAUCUCUCCGCACCUACCGCCACUCUCCCAACACCAUGUCCCGCAAGUCGUGGGCAGCCGGGCCAGAACGGUGUUCCCAGCGUCCUAUCCGCUCCCGUCUGGGGUUUCUAUGAUGUCCUCUUCAAGGGCAAGAAGUUCGAGUUCCAGCGCCCCUACGGCGAGUACGUCAUGGAGAAUGUUCUCUUCAAGGUCUCAUAUCCCGCCGAGUUCCACUCCCAAACCGCCGUCGAGGCUGCGCAAAAGAUCUACAAAAUCCUCGCCGACAUGGGCAAGUCAGCCGCGGACAUCAAGGAAGUCACGAACCGCACCCACGAAGCCUGCAUUCGUAUCAUCGACAAGCAGUUCAAGGCUAUGGACAACUUCGCCGAUCGCGAUCACUGCGUGCAGUAUAUGGUUGCCAAUAUGCUGAUUUUCAACCGCCUCGAAGCUACUGACUACCUCGACGGCGGCGAGGCAGCAACUUCGCCUCUCCUCGAAGACCUUCGCAAGCGCAUCAAGUGCGUCGAGGACCCACAGUUCACCACGGACUACCAUGAUCCCAGCAAGCGAACCAUCUCCAAUGCUUUGACCGUCACGCUCAACGACGGCACUGUGCUGGACGAAGUCGUCGUCGAGGCACCUCUUGGCCACCGUCUGCGUCGUGAUGAGGCCAAGCCAGAGAUCAUGAAGAAGUUCAAGCGGCAUUUGGGCCACCACUACGAGCAGGCGAAGAUCGAUGAGCUUGUCAACCUCAGCACUGAUGCAAGCAAAUUGGACUCGACGGAAGUUGACAAGUACAUGGACCUGUGGCGGCAAAAGGAGAUGAAGUGGUAA